AAACACCGGCGCGCCGCCGCCGGCGAUUUCUGACCGGCGCACAGGUCUACCGCAAAGUCAAACCGGUCGAAUCUGGUGAAAAGUUCGAAUGUUCGUCGAACCGGUUCGACCCAGUCGAACCCCGAAAGUUCGACCUAAAAAUCCUGUUCGACAAAAGUUCGCGACACCCCUAUCCACAACUAUCCGCCAGUCGGAUAUGAGUCGGAUCGAGUAAAUUUUGGAACACAGCCGGCCACUGACUGAACGUAGAUCCGAGUGGUGGUAUUGAAGUCGUAAAGUUCCUUGGGAAACUGACUGUAAACAGGGGUUAUUCGCUAAAUAGCAAUCAGCUUUUACACGUUUCUAAUGCGAGCAAAACUGGGGCAGAAUAUAACUGACGCAACCUAAAUUUGCGACCUCCGCGGUUCUCCUCGCUGUUUGCCAGCGGUGUCGAGCGCUUGGGCCUUGCAAGAGGUUCGGUCGUCAAAGGCGUCUUGGUGUCCCCCGCUCCGGUCCGAUCAUGGCAGGCUGCUUCGACAACAUCCAGUUCAAUCGUCCGGAAUGGAUGGACCUGAGCGAGAAGAGGAACGCCAUAGCGUCCAUCGUCGCGGGCUCCCUGUUUUUCGUCGGCUGGUGGAUCAUCAUCGACGUGGCGGCCCACUACCCGUCCAGUCAGGACUUCAACCACGCCUUCCACGUCUGCGGAGUCAUGAGCACCCUGUCUCUCUUCAUGAUCAACGCGGUGUCCAAUGGUCAGAUUCGUGGAGACUCGUACACCACGGGCUGCAUUGGUCAGAGAGGGGCCCGCAUGUGGCUUUUCAUUGGCUUUGCCCUCGGCUUUGGAUCACUGAUUGCCUCCUGUUGGAUUCUGUUCGGCGACUACGUCACACAGGGGAGAGAGGUGCAGUGGCCUGGCAUCGCCAUCUUCCUCCAGAACUCCUUCAUCUUCCUCGGGGCCCUGGUCUUCAAGUUUGGUAGGACAGAAGACCUCUGGGGCUAGGGCCCAAGCAACCAGGCCUGUUUAACCGCUUCCUUCGGCCACGUUCAUAAAAUUGGCUCCACUCGCGACGGUGUGGAGCUUUUACUGUUUAGAGGCUCCCAACAUUGCCCUUUUGUUUCCCGAGCUCGAGACAUUUGGCAAGUUAUUCCAAAUUGUGCCUCCGUGGUUCCUAUCGAGCGUAGAAGCGUCAUGAAGUACUUGGCUGGGCUGCCCUUAUAUUGCAGCAGCGGCCAUUUCACGAUGAUCUCGCACGUGCGGGACUCUGGAAUGCCCGAGUGUCCCAGUUUUGUGGUGUGCAUAGCUUAUCUACAGUGGUGAUCUACAAUCUUUCCAUCAUUGCAGUAGCUAUUUUCCUUGGUUAUGCGACACUCUUGUGACCUGUGGCGUUUCCAGAAGUAGAGGCAAUUAACUAAUUUUAUAGCCUGCAUGUUCCUAGCUGAUGAACACUUUUGUACCUUCCUUGUCUGUGGUGAUCGUAAAUUAAUAAACUGACAAACCCACCUCGCUUUCCACCUUGUUCGUCAACCUUGCUUUCCAGCUGAGGAUAAUGCAGAAGUUGAACUGACAAUUGGGAAUUUUGCUAGCACAUUUUAUUCGUGGUUCGGUUGUGCAUUUUAUUGUUUGCCUCGACUACCAGUCAAACAUUUAUUUCCAGAUGUCCAGUAUCAAAUCUUGAUAUAAGCAAAUCUUUGCAGAUAUUCAGGUUUAAGCACAGACCCCAGAAGUGUGCAUGCAAAGUAUAGAAGAAUCUUUUGAGGCUUUCCUUGUAGAAGACUUGCAAAAUGUAUCACUACUGUUCCGCUGAAAGGCCACCAGGGAAAUCUAACCCACCUCAAAGAAAUUGGACAACAUUCACUGUAAUUUGCUAUGGAAGCGAGGCUAGGUGGUGCAUUUGCUUUGUGGAAAUAUUUAUGAAAAAGAACUUGCCCAGAAGUUGCAAAUAAAAAGCCAACUUUUCUAUGGCUCAAAA